AUGACGCAAGAAACAACCAACGGCUCAGGCCAAAAGGUUCAAUAUGAACGAACCACGUCACAGCCAGAGAAUCCCUUUGCGGCACUGAUUCCCGACCAGCAAAUGGCCAUUAUUCCUGAAUUCACGCUAGAAUCCGGCUCUACUCUCUACAAUGUGCCCGUUGCGUACACUACGCGCGGAAAGCUCUCACCCAAUGGUGACAAUGCCAUGGUCAUCUGCCACGCGCUCACUGGCAGCGCAGAUGUUAGCGAUUGGUGGGGACCUUUGCUUGGUGGCCCAGGUAGAGUCUUUGAUACGUCGAGAUUCUUCAUCGUGUGCAUGAACAGCUUGGGCAGCCCAUAUGGCACCGCUAGUCCCGUCACAGCCAAGGACAACGACCCCUCCAAGGGCCGCUACGGACCCGAGUUCCCGCUCACAACCAUUCGCGAUGAUGUCAAUCUUCACAAGCUUCUGCUCGACGAGCUGGGUGUCAAGCAGAUUGCUGCCGUCAUUGGUGGCUCUCUCGGUGGCAUGUUUGUUCUCGAAUGGGCCUAUUUCGGCAAAGACUACGUCCGAUGCAUCGUCCCCAUUGCUACUUCGAGUCGACACAGUGCAUGGGGCAUCAGCUGGGGCGAGGCUCAGCGCCAGAGCAUCUACGCCGAUCCCAAGUACGACGAUGGCUACUACAGCUUUGACGAUCCUCCCGCUGCUGGUCUCGGUGCCGCACGCAUGUCUGCGCUCUUGACGUACCGCAGUCGCAACUCCUUUGAGGCUCGCUUCGGCCGCAACAUCCCCGAUGCCUCCAAGAUUCAGACCAUCCGCGAAAAGCCCAAGCCUUCUUCACGAGAUGAAGCCCACUUCCAUAUUCACAACGACGGCCACAAUGUGUCGAGAUCGUCGUUUUCGCGCUCCAACAGCAAUGGCAGCAUCGGCAAGCCUACUAACAGUGGCAACGAAACACCCAUCACAUCGGCAGAAGACGCACCUGAUCCUCAAUUCAAGGGCCCCAAGGCUAGCCUUACUGGCGGCGACGAGUUCCCCAAGUCGACCUACUUCUCUGCCCAGUCUUACCUUCGCUACCAAGGCAACAAGUUUGUAAAGCGAUUCGACGGAAACUGCUAUAUUGCCAUGACACGCAAGCUGGAUACACACGAUGUGUCGCGAAACAGAGCGGCUUCUGUCGCCGAGGCACUUGCGCUGAUUGAGCAGCCGACGCUCGUUCUCGGCAUCGAGAGCGACGGACUCUUCACGUUUGCCGAGCAGGAGGAGAUUGCACAGCACAUCAAAGAUGCUCGUCUGGAGCGUAUUGAAAGCCCCGAGGGCCACGACGCUUUCCUGCUACAGUUUGAGCAGGUCAACAACUACAUCCUCAAGUUCCUCAAGGAGAUCCUGCCGGAUAUUAUGGACAAGGAAGGCGAGGCGCCAGAAGAAACCGGUGUCGGCCAAAUUACCAAGACGAGCACAUUUGGCGAAGCAGAAGUAGAAGACAUUACCGCAUGGUAA